AUGGCCUCCUCGGAGUCACCAAAUUCUUCUUAUCCUUCUCCUCUCGCGUCGAGCUCCUCGGCCUCGCCUACGGGGCAGCCACAGUCGUUCUUCGCGUGGCUGCGCGAGCGACAAGAAGGGCAAAGCGGCGAGGCCCGAGGCGCGAAAGUGGAGGGCAAGGCUCCGCGGAAGGGAUUCUUCUCGUGGCUCCGCGAACGCGAGGAAGACGAAUCGAUAUGGCAAUGUAGCUGGGACGUGCCCUCCGCGUCCAGCAGAAAGCCGAAAAAAAAUCUCGAAAACGACGCCAUUCUCAUCUUCGAUCUGGGCGCUUACAACCUCCGCGCGCACGUUGCAGAGCGCAGAGGCGAGGAUGAAGAGCAAAGCUGCGUGCUGCCUUCCUGUGUGCGGCGGCCCUGGUCAGGUGACGGCGGCUAUAUGAGCGGUGUCGAGCGCGGUGCAGUGCAGAACUGGGAAGAAGUCGAAGAGGCCCUCGUUGACACCUUUGAGAAUGUCAUGCCAAUCGGCAUCAGCAACGCCUACGCGGAGGGAGUGAAGCGCAUACUCUCGUGUACCAGCAGCCUCCGGUCGCCGUCGCACUUUGCCCGACUCGGCGAAAUCGUGUUUGAGCUGCUCGGCGCCGAGCAAUUCCUAAACGUAGACCAGGACUUGCUGUCGGCGCUCGCGAUCUGCGGCUGUAGCGCCCCCAGCGCGAGUCUGGCUGGCGAGGCCCGCGGCGAGGAUCCGGUUCCCGAGGCUGCGCUGCGGCUUUGCCAGCAGAUGCAGAACUUCACUGGAGUGAUUGUGGACCUCGGCGCGAUGACAUCUCGCAUCUCACCGCUCCUGUCGGGCCUCUCGGUCUCCGGGGUCGCCAUCGAGCUGCCGCUGGGCGGCAUCGACCUCGACAGAGUCGUUCAGGACGACUUGCUUCAGCAGCUCGCGCGCGCGAAAGCCAAAGAUGGUGAGGGAGGGGCCGCCUUCUAG